UUUCUUGACACUUUUUUAUCGAUAAGUCGAAAAACAUCGUUUAAAAUGGACGUCGGAGAGCUACUUUCUUUUCAGCCUGAGAAACCAUUGCCACCUGGAAAAGGCAGAAAGAGAUUCCAUGAUGAUAACGCCUCGGAUCCAGUUAUUGACAAGAGGAAGAGAGGCCAAGUCUCAUUUUCUGAGGAUUCCAAGAUCAGUGAAGAGGAAAGAGAAAAAAUUCUACAACUUGUGGAGACAGAGACUGAUGCUGAAACUCUAGAUGAAACCAGUCUUAAAAAGAUGCUUUUGAAUUUUGAGAAGAAAGUUUACAAAAAUCAAGAGCAAAGGAUAAAAUAUCCAGACCUCCCAGAAAAAUUCAUGGAGUCUGAAAUUGAAUUGAAUGAAAUAAUCCAGGAAAUGCAUGUCAUUGCUACAGUACCUGAGCUGUAUCACAUUCUUGUGGACCUCAACACUGUCCAGUCCUUACUACAACUUCUCUCACAUGAAAAUACAGAUAUUUCAAUAGCAGUUGUGGAUUUGAUUCAAGAGAUGACUGAUGUGGACACAUUGAAUGAAAAUGAUGAGGCAGCCACAGCAUUUACAGAUGUCAUGGUUGAUGGGCAGAUUGUGGCAAUACUUGUGCAGAACAUGGAGAGAUUAGAUGAAAAUAAUAAAGAAGAGUCAGAUGGCGUUCACAAUACAUUAGCAAUUAUUGAAAAUUUACUAGAAUAUCGUCCUGAGUUGUCAUCAGAUGCAGCCCAGCAAGGAUUAAUGCAGUGGUUAUUAAGAAGGAUAAAGGCAAAAAUGCCAUUUGAUGCCAACAAGUUGUAUGCCAGUGAAAUUUUAGCCAUUUUGUUACAGAAUAGUGAUGAAAAUCGUCUUUUACUUGGGGAUUUAGAUGGAAUUGAUGUUUUAUUACAACAAUUGGCAGCAUACAAACGACAUGACCCCACCAACAAGGAAGAAAUUGAAAUGAUGGAGAAUCUCUUUAACUCAUUGUGUUCCUGCUUGAUGCGGUCAGAAAACCGGAUCAAGUUCUUACGAGGGGAGGGACUACAGUUGAUGAAUCUCAUGUUGAGGGAAAAGAAAAUGUCAAGGAAUAGUGCAAUUAAAGUGCUUAACCACGCCAUGACAGGUCAGGAAGGUGUAGACAACUGUCAGAAAUUUGUUGACAUCCUGGGACUUAGAACUGUUUUCCCUUUGUUUAUGAAAACUCCUGGCAAAGGAAAAGCAGGGCCAUCACCAGCUGAACUAGAAGAACACAUCACCAACAUCAUUGCUUCCAUGUUGAGGAAUUGUCAGAGCACACAGAGACAAAGGCUUCUCAGUAAAUUUAUCGAAAAUGACCAUGAAAAGGUUGAAAGAUUGUUAGAGCUUCAUUUUAAAUACCUCGACAAGGUUCGACUGAUAGAUACCGACAUAGAACGUGAAAAACAUCGCCUCAAGAUGAGAGGCGAAGACAUGGACGAGGAAAUGGAAGAUGAAUUCUACAUCAGAAGACUCGAUGCGGGUUUGUUUACACUGCAACUCGUCGAUUAUGUCAUGCUGGAAAUUAGUGCCACUGGAGCUUCUUCAAUUAAGCAAAGAAUAAUGCAAAUUCUGAAUAUGAGGGGAGGAUCAGUCAAGUCUAUCAGAAGCAUUAUGAGGGAAUAUGCAGGUAAUAUCGGUGAUGCCAGAGAUCCAGAAGCCAGAGAAAAAGAGCAGAACAGAAUAAUGCAGCUGGUGGACAAGUUCUAGUGAAAAACAAUUAAACUGAUUUUAGCGAUACCUGAAUAAAAAUUUCUGGAAACAUGCUUCUUAAAUCCGUGUUCCAGAUUGGCAGACUUCGUAGAGCUGGACAAGUGUAGUUUCAGUAUCAAGGUUAAUGUGCAUGUAAUUCCAAUCCAUGCAGACCUCCAGAAAGAAAACUCUGUAGAAGAGCUGAGAGUGUGCUCAGUUUUGGUCAACAUAGAUCAUAUCAUUUCCUGGACCAGAUCAGUGUCAUGACUUCGAAUUCAACAUUUCUGAAAUUUAUUUGUAUAAUUGCAAUUUGCAGUUUCAUGUACAUAUGAUUGUAUGAACACAGUACAUGUGGAUAUUGAAAUUAAAUUAUAAAGAAUAC